AAUAUAAGAAAGCUUUGACCCGACAGCUCUACCUCAAUGGCUUCAAGUUCACAACCGCGGCCUGUCGCCGUAGUCAUCGGCGCAUCACGCGGUAUCGGGCGGCAGGUAGCCAUUGACCUGGCCAGCGAGGGCUACCGAGUUGUUGUGGCUGCCAAAAGCACCAGCGACGCGUCGAAAGUCUCGCCAUUCCCACCAGACCCGAACUCAUCCGAAUCUACGAUCAACACGGUGCAACGUGAGAUUCAAGAAGCAGGAAAGGAGAGUCUAGCGAUAGAAGUCGACACGAGGUCCCCAGAAAGCAUCGAAAGGCUAUUCCAGAAGACGUAUGAUGCUUACAAGCGCCUUGAUGUGCUCAUUUACAACUCUGGUGCUAUAUGGUGGGCACCUGUUGAUCGCACGCCAUUGAAGCGAUUUCAGCUACUGCAAAGCGUCAAUAUGGAGGGUCUCUACAGCGCAGUGCAGACAUCGCUGCCUCUCUUUGAGAAAAAUGGCUGGAAUGGCCGGAUCAUUGUCGUCAGCCCGCCGAUUUACUCGAGAUUCUUCAAGGGCAAGACAGCCUACGCCGUUGGCAAAGUUGGCAUGUCUGUCCUGACUAAAGGAUUGGCGGUUGACUGGAAAAGACAGGGGAAGAACAAUAUGGCCAUUACGAGUAUUUGGCCGGCCACGGCCAUUAUAUCCGCAGCCACCCCCGAUUCGAGGCUGCUGCCAGAUCUGAGGAAACCGACUAUUUUUUCGGAUGCGAUCCUCGAGAUCCUCAAGAGUCCUGCGCAGAGCGUCAGUGGGUCUCUCGUACUUGACGAAGACUUCCUCCGAGAACGAGGAAUGCAAGAUUUCUCCAAGUACAGCGUCGUUCCGGGAUCCAGUCCUCAAAGGAUCAUGCCAGCAAGUUUCCCAACGCUUGCGGUCGCUGAAGAAGACGACGAAGGACUCCCUGCUAGUAGCGUAGGAGAGAUCACACAGCGGGACUCCAGGAUUUAGAUAACUCGAGGGUACA